GAAUAUAUAUAUAUAUAUAUUUAUUACGAAAAUAAAAGCAUAUAGAUUAAAAACAUAACCUCAAGGAAAAUAAUAAUAAUGCCAAGAAGAAAACGAGCUUCCAGCCCAUUUGAAACAUUCGAUGACGAUUUUGAUGAGGACGCCAGCUCGCAAAGUUCCAAAAAUGGUAAUCCACCAAUACAACGUAACGCUGCCAAUGCAAGAGAGCGUGCACGCAUGCGUGUUCUCUCCAGCGCUUUUGGGCGACUCAAAACAAAGCUACCAAACAUUCCCCCGGACACGAAGUUAUCCAAAUUGGACACACUGCGCUUAGCGACGAUGUAUAUUAAACAGUUAAAAGUGCUUGUAGAAGGUGGCACAGCGACGGCAGAGAGUCCAGAGGCCUUUCAAGAGUCGGCGGGAAUUUUCAAUAUGCAGGGGGUGCCACAGAGCAUGACUUGGCCCUUCGGCUUCCAUCACAUGCAAAAUAAUAGCAACAGCAGCGUUCGGCUGCAACCACUCCAAUAUUCGCCUACCGAAUGGAGUAAUUCGCGCAACUCAUUUUCCAAAUAUGGACGCAUGAGCACCACGAGUAACGGCAAUUGCAGCAAYAACAGCGCGAGCUAUCAGCAAGCAACAGCCAAUAUGCUGGACUCACACCACUGGUACACCGCGGACGAACCCAUGGUGGAGGACAUCAAUGUAAACAACAACAACAAUAAUUGUGUCUUUUUCGAACAGCAACCGGAACAUCAUGUAAAACAUAAUCAUGACAUAACACAAAUGCAUCAUCAACUUUAUCACACGAACCACUCAAAUGCGCAAAGUUCAAUACGUUAACCGCAUACACAUACACAUACACAUACAUUUACAAUUUUAGUGGUAUAGAUACCUAAGAUUUUACGCACAGAUUUAUGAUUUGCAAAUAAAAUUAAUUAUUUAAAUAUACAUAUAUAAGGAAAUAAGUAUUAACACAAGCGUGUACGUAGAGCUCAUAGCUUAUUAUAUAAUAAAGAUGAAUUUUAUGGCCGUAU